AUGGCAGUACUUCCGAAGCUGAUCACAUUUCGGAGGCCUUAUCGGAGGUCCGUGCUUGACCCGCUCAAACUGAGUCCCGCAGUUGCAAACGACCUUCCUUUCUGGAGCGGUCAACUCACAAUCAGUCACCGACACGGUUUUGUAUCACUUUUUUAUUUUUCCACAACACUCCACUCCACCCCACUCCACUCUGCUCCACCAAAACCUCAACUUCUUUUUCCGCCCAAAGUCUCCUUCCCUCCACCACCAUUUGCAGACGCCUCAAAGGCCCGUUUGCGUUUCGGCGCUGGGACCUGCAAUCGGAACGGCCCAGGCCGCCUCGCUUUGGAGAGGGAUAAUUGGCCCAAUUCUGCCCAGUCCGGGAUCAUAAACCCCAUUUUUAAUACACGUGUCCAGGUACACGAUCUGAGACAUAAAGCGUGUGAUUGUGACCGGCAAAUGCUUCGCACACGCCGUUCACAACGCCCGGCCCGGGGAGCAAGCGACCCCGUUCACACCACAGUUCGGGUUGGACGGGCCAUUAAACAAAUACUAGACCACUGCCCCACCCACCCUCGAGGUGGUACGGCGGGCCCAAUUUGGAGGAGGAUAACCCGGACUCGUGCCCUUCUGCCCGUUGAAAUGUGUGAAAAUGGACAAAUGAGUUCGCCUCAGGGAUGA